AUGAAAUCCAGCAUUUUCCUCAUAAUUAGCUUCUUUUUAUUUCUCACUUCCGUUGGAGGCAAAAACUAUUACAAACAUAAACCAUCUCCACUCCAAUGCCCUCCACCACCACCUUGUGUUUGUAUUUGUAACCCCACACCACCGUCGCUGCCACCACCCAGUAUCCAACCGCCGCCACCACCGCAUCCUCCUCCGGAUAACCAACCAUCUUUACCCCCAACAAUUCAACCCGCACCCCCACACGGAGCCCAACCACCGUCUCCAACAACGACUACACCACCACCUCCACCAACAACACAACCCCUGCCGGUAACACCACCAAAUGCCCAACCACCAACUCCUCCGCAAACCAUAGCACCACCUCCACCAACAACACAAGUGCCGCUGCCAGCACCGCCACCCAAUGCAUAUACACCGCCUUCUCCACCAACAACACCAAUACCACCUCAACUUCCUCCAACAACCCCACCACACAUUACUCCACCGGCGAUCACACCACCUCCACUUCCUCCAACAACCCCACCACAAAUACCUCCGACAAUCCCACCACCCCCACUUCCUCCAACAACCCCACCAGCAAUCACACCACCACUUCCUCCGACAACCCCACCACAAAUUCCUCCACCAGCGAUCACACCACCACUUCCUCCGACAAGCCCACCCCAAGUUUCUCCACCACUGCCCCUUCAGCCACCAUCCCCUCUUGCAACUGGCACAUGCUCAAAGAAUGAUACUGAUUUAAAUAUAUGCAGUCGUAUCUUAGUAGUCGCUGAUGGUAAUGCUGGAAGGGCUGAGCCAUGUUGUUCCAUCCUCCGCGACCUCUCUGAUGUUGAUGCUCUUAUAUGUCUGUGUAAAUCAGUCAACGAACGACGUUUCUCACUAACUCCACCAUUUAGGAUCUUAUUUACGAGCUGCGGCCGUACGAUUCCGCAAGGCUUCACCUGCCCAGGACCAACACCACCGCCUCCACCACCACCCCUUUCGCCACCAUCUCCUCCUCCAACUGGCACAUGCUCAAAAAAUGAUACCGAAUUAACCAUAUGCAAUCGUAUCUUAGUUGUGGCUGACGGUAAUGCUGCAAGAGCUGAGCCAUGUUGUUCCAUCCUCCGCGGCCUCUCAGAUGUUGAUGCUGUUACAUGUCUAUGUAAAUCAGUCAACGAACGACGUUUCUCACUGACUCCACCAUUUGGGAUCUUAUUUAGAACUUGCGGCCGUACAAUUCCGCAAGGCUUCACCUGCCCAGGACCAACACCACCGCCUCCACCACCACCCCUUUCGCCACCAUCCCCUCCUCCAACUGGCACAUGCUCAAAGAAUGAUACUGAAUUAAUGAUAUGCAAUCGUAUCUUAGUAGUCGCUGACGGUAAUGCUGCAAGGGCUGAGCCAUGUUGUUCCAUCCUCCGUGGCCUCUCAGAUGUUGAUGCUGUUACAUGUCUAUGUAAAUCUGUCAACGAACGACGUUUCUCACUGACUCCACCAUUUGGGAUCUUAUUUAGAACUUGUGGCCGUACAAUUCCGCAAGGCUUCACCUGCCCAGGACCAACACCACCGCCUCCACCACCGCCCCUUUCGCCACCAUCCCCUCCUCCAACUGGCCGAUGCUCAAAAAAUGAUACCGAAUUAACGAUAUGCAAUCGUAUCUUAGUUGUGGCUGACGGUAAUGCUGCAAGGGCUGAGCCAUGUUGUUCCAUCCUCCGCGGCCUCUCAGAUGUUGAUGCUGUUACAUGUCUAUGUAAAUCAGUCAAUGAACGACGUUUCUCACUGACUCCACCAUUUGGGAUAUUAUUUCGAACUUGCGGCCGUACAAUUCCGCAAGGCUUCACCUGCCCAGGACCAACACCACCGCCUCCACCACCACCCCUUUCGCCACCAUCCCCUCCUCCAACUGGCACAUGCUCAAAGAAUGAUACCGAAUUAAUGAUAUGCAAUCGUAUCUUAGUAGUCGCUGACGGUAAUGUUGCAAGGGCUGAGCCAUGUUGUUCCAUCCUCCGUGGCCUCUCAGAUGUUGAUGCUGUUACAUGUCUGUGUAAAUCUGUCAACGAACGACGUUUCUCACUGACUCCACCAUUUGGAAUCUUAUUUAGAACUUGCGGCCGUACAAUUCCGCAAGGUUUCACCUGCCCGGGACCAACACCACCACCUGUUUUGCAUAAAUUUUGA